GCAGCAAAACUCCACAGGAGCUGCAGCAACAGCACUAGAGAGACAUCCAGUCCUCCCUUGGAGAGCAGCUCUUUCCACAGACAGGGAUUUAUUUAUUUUCUACACAUGCAUAUACGUAUUUAUUUAUUUACUGGAUUACAUUUGGUUUGGCUUUUUUUAACACUUUCAGAAAAAGCUCCAAACAUUUCAAGUGACGAGCCUGAGAUUUCCCUAAAAUAAAACAACUGCACAGUGGGGUUGGGUUGCUUCCCCUUCCCCCUCGGAAAAUAGAGAGGGAAGGGGGAACAAGCAGGUAAAAUCCAGAAUAAAAUCAUAUAUCUCGAUAACUCACGCCUCCCCCCCCCCCGCUCUCUCACACACACACACACACACACACUCUCUCUCUCUUUCUCCUCCUCCUCUUCUCUGAAGGUGGGUAGCAGGAGCCAUGCAACAUCUGCAGAACUGGAUGGCAAAAGAGCAGGAGGAAAAAUAAUCCAAGUGGAGUGCUCAGGGGGACACUGACUUCUUUUUUUUUUCUUUUUUUUUUUUUUUUUCUUUUUUUUUCCUUCAUUUUUUUUUGUUAAUUCUUCUCCUCCCCUGCAUACCUGUGAGAUUCGAUUUCACAUUUUGCUGAGCCCAUUUGGGGGCAUUUUAUUUUUCCUUCUCUUGGGAUUUUAUCCAUUGCCAGAGGAUGUCUCUUGUUGAGAGGAUGCUGAAAGGAAGAAGAAACGAAUUCUUUGACUGGCACUGAAGGAGGGGGGGGGGAUAUUUUUCCCCCACAUUUUAAUUUUUUUUUUCAUUAUUCUUUUUCUCUAGGAAAUCAUUAACUGGGGGGGGUUGGUUUCUUUUUUCCCUCCUCCCCCCCCCCUUUUUUUGGAGGGGGAUUUCAGAAGAACCAUCCUUCUUUCCCCUCCCCUCCAAAGAUCUUUUUUCAUCCUUCGUCUUUGUGGAAAUGUGGACAUUUCAGGCAGACAGAUUGAGUGGAAUUGUCUCUGCUUUAGCAGCUCUUUGUCUCGCCUGCUGUGCGCAAAGCCCAUCCACUGGGAAUAUUUCUGUGGUGAAAGAGAUUGUGGACAAACUGCUGAAGGGCUAUGACGUCCGCCUCAGGCCUGACUUUGGAGGUAACCCUGUCACAGUGGGAAUGAGCAUCCAUAUCUCCAGCAUUGACCAGAUUUCUGAAGUCAACAUGGACUACACCAUCACCAUGUACUUCCAGCAGAGCUGGCGGGACAAACGCCUGGCGUAUAACGACCUUCCUCUCAAUCUGACGCUGGACAACCGGGUGGCUGACCAGUUAUGGCUGCCUGACACCUAUUUCCUGAAUGACAAGAAGUCCUUUCUGCAUGGGGUGACAGUGAAGAAUCGCAUGAUUAGGCUCCAUCCUGAUGGGACUGUUCUGUAUGGCCUGAGGAUCACCACCACGGCUGCUUGCAUGAUGGACUUGCGGAGGUACCCCCUGGACCAGCAGAACUGCACGCUGGAAAUUGAGAGCUAUGGUUACACAGUUGAUGACAUUGUCUUCUUCUGGCAAGGAAAUGAUUCUGCUGUCACGGGGAUGGAGGUGCUAGAACUGCCUCAGUUCACCAUUAUCGAGCAGAGACUGGUCAGCAGGGAAGUGGUCUUCACCACCGGUUCAUAUCUGCGCUUAUCCUUGAGCUUCCGGAUUAAGAGGAACAUUGGUUACUUCAUCCUGCAGACUUACAUGCCAUCUAUUCUCAUCACCAUCCUGUCCUGGGUCUCCUUCUGGAUCAAUUACGAUGCUUCUGCUGCACGAGUGGCACUGGGGGUCACCACGGUGCUUACAAUGACUACUAUCAACACCCAUCUGCGGGAGACUCUCCCUAAGAUCCCUUACGUCAAGGCUAUUGAUGUUUAUCUCAUGGGCUGCUUUGUCUUCGUGUUCCUGGCACUCCUGGAGUAUGCUUUUGUCAACUACAUAUUCUUCGGCCGAGGCCCCCGGCAGCAGAAGAAACAGAGUGAACGCAUCAGCAAAGCCAACAACGAGCGCCACCGUUACGAGGAGAAGAGGGUGAGAGAGCAGGUUGAUCCUUAUGGUAACAUCCUCCUCAGCACUCUGGAGAUGAACAAUGAGCUGCUGGCCACGGACAUGAUGAGCAGUGUUGGCGACUCUCGAAACUCUGUCAUGUCCUUUGAAGGCUCAGGAAUCCAGUUCCGCAAGCAGUUGGCCUCUCGGGAUGGAUUUGGUCACCACCCAACCCUGGACCGCCACGUCCCGCUGACCCACCAUGCCGCAGCCCGCAACCGUGCCAAUUGCCGUCUCCGCCGGCGGUCAUCUAAGCUGAAGCUCAAAAUCCCAGACCUGACAGACGUCAGCACCAUUGACAAGUGGUCACGAAUCAUUUUUCCCAUCACCUUUGGAUUCUUCAACCUUGUUUACUGGUUGUACUAUGUAAAUUGAUGCCUGCAGCCUCCGCGAGAGAUAGGGACAGACACUCAGACAAUGACAACACAGGAGUGUUGUGGUCUUUUGGGUUUGGGUUUUACUCUUUACUAUCAUUAUCGUUUAUUCCUUUGAUUCAUUAGGUUAUUCUAAGCUUACUCUUCUCUUUUCAGCACAUGUAGAACCACGGAGUGUGGGGGGGGAGGGUAAGGGAGAGAAGGGCAUAAGGGAGGGGUUUGGUUUCAGGGAGGGAUGUGUUUGUCUUGAUUUUGAUUUCCUGUUGAAGGACUUAAACCAUUCUUAAAAAAAAUCACCAAAAAAAAAAAAAAAAAAGAAGAAAGAAAAAAAUACAGAAAAGAAAAAAAAUCACAAAAAAAUGUUUCAAAAGAGGUGAGGGAGGGAGACUUAAAGAAAUCGAGUCAAAAACUGGUGAUGCUGAUAGGUUAUCUUUGGCUGUGCUCACUAAUGCACUAUCGUCACUUCCAUUUCACUACUGAAUUUCAUCUUUCUCUUCUCAGUAUUAUAUUUUUAAAAUUUCUUCUGUCACCGCUCUUAACCCCUUCAUGGUUAUUCUUUCAUGGAUUCAUGAAAUGGUGGGGGUUCAUUCCCUUGCUAUGAGAUUUCUCUUUUCUUUUUUUCUCUCCUUCUCUCUUGCUUACAAGCCUAAAAGAAUCUUUUAAACCAACAAAUAAAAAGAAUAUUUAUUUUGGAAGAGUGGGGUGGGGGGAGGACAAGGUAAUUAUUUGGGAGGGAAGGGACAAUGUGGGGUUAUGGGAGGGUGGGAGGAGGGAGCUUAUAAAAAAAAAACAAAGGCACAUUUGCAAGUUGCCUUUUUCCACCUUCAGGAGUUUGCAAGCUGUUUUUCCUGUAUGAAUGUGUGUAUGAAUGUGUGUGCACAUAUACGGAUGUGUGUGCGCAAGCAUGUUUUCUGGGGUGGGGAACUGGGGAGGGGGGUUUUGUAAUGUCUUUUGUAGAAAGAGAACACAGAUGACAUUUAACCGGCAGUGUUUUGGGGGGAAUAGCGGGGUUUUGUUUGCUCAUUGCAACUUUGUGAGGUUGGAGUCCCAGCUUGUAUUAGAGACAGAGCUGGGAAGGUAGAUCGUGCAAAUACAUACUUGCUGAGGAAAGAGAGGAUUUUGGGGAUCAGCAAUGGGACAGUGCUGCUGUUCACUGCUUGCGUCUGAUCUCUAAUAGACUAAACUGAUUCAGUCCUGAAAGGAGGGGUUUUUCCUAAUCAUUCCCACCCUGCAUCUUUCUUACUGAAUUUGGGGAGACAAGCAAUGCAGGACUCUGAAAACUCUUCCUCCUCUCUACCUGUUCAUUGUGCCAAACAAGGGACUCUGCACUUUAGCCCACUAAGUGACGGUAGCCUACGACGAGGUGCGGGAAAGGGGGGAUGUCAUUUAACUUUGUGCUUCAGGACGAAAAAAUCCAGAACUAUUAACUAUCCCCCUUCCUAAGAAGUUCAGAAGCAAUUGGUGGGCUGGUAGCCUCUGAUCUGUACUGCUUCUACCAGGCCUUGCUUUAUAUCUGUUAAUAAAUGCGGAGUGCAGACAGGAGCACCCUGUGUCCCUUCUUGCAGAAAAUGCAGCUAAGGAUGCAGGAGAGUUCCAUGGAGCAUCAUCCCUCUGGAAGAUGAUGGUCUUCAAAGACUGGGCAGGGUGAAGGUUGCAAUGAAAAUGCUGAGCUUCUCAGUGCUUGUGGAAGCCCCCAAAUCUAUAGCAGCUUCCAUUCACAGGCACUCGCUACAAAGGUACAGAAAGUUAACUUGGCCUUGGACAGCAAGGUCAGCUUUUUCUAAAGGAGCCAGUGACUUUCAGGAAAAUCACUGAAUUGUUGGCCACUUUGGCAAUCACUAAUGAUUGAUAAUCUCCCUUAUAAUAUUAAUAAAAGCCAUGAAAAUAAUAAAUUCACAAGUGCAAAUCUUUAACCCUAGGGUCAUUCUGCCAUUUCUGGAGUUAAUGAUGAGAACCUUGUUCUUACCUGGUGGAGGUUUUUACAUCCUAGACACACACACACUGCCUUGAAUCCAACCAUCCCUUUAUUUUCCUGCUAGCAUUCUCUUCCUUUUUCCUUGAUUCCCACUGCUCGGGAGAGCACAGUGAUCCUCUGAGACCAGGGAAACAUCUGUUUUUCAGAUGACAGAUACAUCUAAUGCACACUUUUCAUUAAUUUAUGUCUGUACAGUGCUAUGAAAAUGUGAAUCCCUCUAGGCUUGACCUAGUAACACGUAAGUCAUGGAAAGUUUUGUCUUGACUUGGAUGAAGCAGGGUCAGGACUCAUCAGAGUAAUAAGUAUUGUUCUUUUUAUAUCAGUACAGUGUCUUAUGCAUUUUCCACUAACAGAAUCCUAAACAUAAAAGUAGAGCAUCCAUCUUUCUCAUUCACCCCCAAUCUCUGUCUCCUGCUCUCAUGAUCACGCAUGCACACAUUUUGUCCAGACCUCCCUGGACUCACCAAGGUUUUUGCACAAUUGUUAAAUCAGACUUAAAUUCCCAGCUGCCCUGCAGAACAGUCUCUUGCUUGUUUACCUAUUUAAAGCAAUGCUGCUGAAAAUGGUUUGUUUCCCAAUAUCAUUGCAGUUCAUGGUCUAGAUCGGUCUGGAUAGGAAUUAGAGACUGAAGAGUGAAUGGAGCUGGAUGAUGGGGCUAGGGCUGGAUGGGGUAGUUUUGUCUGCCCAAUAUGCAGGAAAUUAAAGCUUUACUAAUUGAGAAAGUUACGCUUUCUAGUGGGAUUCUAUUUGAAAAUGGCUUUUAAAUGUUUUAAUGGAAGUCAUAAAGUUGCAUUUUAUGACAUCAGCAGUAUAAUGUAGGUGGAUAUACGCAUGUCAGAUGACUGCAGUUCCCAGAUGGAGAUUGCCUAUCAGCAGGUUGAGUUUUUAAGGGGAGUCUAACCAGCUGAUCGAUGAUUAAAUAAAAUAUCUACGCACUUACCCUUUAUAUAUAUAAUUGCAACGUAAAGGAUGGUCAGAAUGAUAGAAUGGGAAAAAAAAAGAGGCAGCUGUAAGAAGCCUAGUAAGAGUGGAAGGAGAACAAAUGGCCAUGUGGUAAGAAAUUAUGAAGCUGAGGGAGAUGACUCAGGAACUCCAGUAAUUUGAUAGUUGUAGUAGAAGCCUGCCAAAUGUGUGAUAGGAGUUAGGCACCUGAAAGCUCUCUCGGCUGGUCCCAAAGACCAGCAGGGUCAGCAGCACACAGAGGAUGCAAAACCCACCUGUGCUCUUUGCUGCUUGGGUGCUGAGCCCCACAUGGGGAGGGGUCCUGCUGACCCCAUCCAGCACCCUGCAAGUACAGCCCAGGGCCUCUAGCAGCUGGAGAUCAGGCACAGGGGGCUCUGUUCAAUGUUGUUUAAUAUUUGAGGCUUCAAUCAGAGAUGGAGCCAGGAAUUUCAUAGCGACAAUCCAAAAGCUUUCCAGGGAAAAAGCACUGCUCAGCUGAUUUCUUCACCUGCUGGGACUGGGAGCCAGGCUCCUUUGCUGUUGCCUUGGUUCUUUGUUGGCUGGGUUCUCUUUCUCAUCAGGAGUCAUCCUAGUUUCUCUCUUUGAAUGUUUCUGACCUGGUAUUACCAAGUCAGUUUUACUUCAUAGAGUCAGUUUUAGUAUAUCCAGGCAUCUGGACUAUUUGGUCCUACACAAUAAUCUUUGCCAAAGAGUGUGCGGUCAGGACUUUUCACAGUUCAGGAACUGCCUUAUAAUUUCUGGUGAUGGGGCAGAAAGCUGGAGAACAACUAAGUGUCCUGUAAGUCGGAUGGGUAAUAAAAAAUGUGCUCUUGUACAGGGGUGAGGGAAGAGCGCUGAAGGCCUUUAGAAAUGCCCUCCUCCAGAACCAAGAUGGCACCUCCAUUUUGCUCCUCCAUAGCUGUGUCCGCCUCUAAGAAAGGCAACAAACCCGUGUCUUGUUUUGAGGUCCAGUGAUCCAGAAAUAAGAUAGUGGAGAAAAAUAGGUAUUUUAAUCAUACUCAAGGAUCAGAGGUUUUAAGCCAUCACAAGCAUGAGGAAAGGAAAAGCAGGAACAUCUCAUGCAGUGAGUUCAAAUCUUGUGUUAUUGAAAAGUCGAGGGGAUUUCCACGCUGCAGCUCGUGUGCUUGCUGCUCUCCACCUUUUCUUUGUGAAGGGAGGGCAGUGGGGAAAGGGGGAGGAAUGAGUAUGAGUGCUGUUCCAAAGUCAAGCUGCUUCUGACUUCUGUUGCAGUGGUAAAGGAGGCAAUUCUGAUCGGGGCUUGGUUUAUUUGCAGCUUAAGGCAGGAUCGCUGCUUGCUGGGUUGUGGUUUUUUAGCAGAGAUUGUAAUAUGAGCAUGAAGGCUGCUCCAGGCUGCCUGAGGGAGCUGGGCUGGGGGAGAAUGUUUUGCACCUUUCCCAUGCAUAACAGCCUAAGGCAAAUAUGUGGAGGAGGAGAAGGAAGCGGAGAAAUAGAAAUGAAAUCUCUCUCAGGAUAUACAUGGCCAACACAACUCUAUCGCUUCAUUUUCCGAUACUGUAUAGUGCUGUCACUCAGGGACCUUUAGGAACUAGGACCUUGGGACUGUAAUCCUACCCGUUCCCCUCUUAUCCCCCCUUUACCUUGAAUAUUAAGAACUGAAAAGAGAACGAGAGAAAGAGCAAAAGAGGAAAAUAAGAGCCCUGGUAGCAAACCCCUGCUAUUCCAUGGGUGAAAAUAAAGCUUUGUCUACUAAGGUAAAAGGAAAACGUAUACCUUUAUAUUCAUGUCUUUAAGCAUAAACCAGCCUGUAGUGUAUAUAGGAUAAGUUCACAGUGCAUGAAACAAACAGGACUGUAGGUCUUAACUGACAUCCAGCUUUCUUGCAUGCACAUCCGACACCACGCCAGCAGCUUAUGUCUUGCAAAUAAGUAGGGAACCUGCCAAAGCUUGGCACUUCCACUGUCCGAUGGACAGCACAUCCCCUUCCCAGAAACAGCCAUGCGGGGAACUGAUCUGGCCAGUCUGUUUGACCAGAUCUGCUCCAGGGGCUCUGGCAGGAGGAGAUAAAGGGUGGGGGAGGGAAUUGGCUUUGUUUUUUUCUGGGCAGGAGGAGAAAGGGGUUUUAAAUCUCUGAGCUGUUACCAGGCAGAAGAGAAACCUCUGGAGCUACAGACCAAAGGACAGUGGCUUUAGGGAAGGUGGUUACCAAAAUCCUGAUGGAGAGGAUGAUAUGAGGAAGAUGUUGGUAGGAGAGAGCUGUAACUUUGGAAGCAGAACAAAUAGGAACAAGGUAGUGAAAAUAUAUGUGCAAUACGAUAGCUUUGAAGGAACUGGAGGACUGAAAACUAGGGACCUCUGCUGAGUCAGGCUGGGUGCAGCUGCAGGCAGCGCUCAAGGAAACCCAGCUGUGGCAGCAGUCCCCAGUGGGCAGAGACCGUGGUCUCUGGUAGGUGGUGAGGUCAGAACAGGGAAAAUAGAGGAAGACUGUUGGUACACUGCCAUCAGUAUGAGCUCAGUCCCUUUAGGCAGGGACAAUUAUUUGCAUCUGGACAAUGUUGCAGGAGCUGGGCUGGGAUGUGUGGGAGAGCGACCGCUGUGCCAAGCUGAGGCAGUGGCUGAGCUCUUCCCUGGUGUCAGAGAUCAGUGCCAACCGGGAAGGAAUGUCAUGUGGAUUAUCUAAUGCUUUCUUGGAGGUGAGACUGGACUUACCAAGCAGGGUGGGAUGUCUUUGCAGUAGACAUGCAAAUUGGAUUGGAGGGAUAGGUCGGGUGAGAGAAGCAAAAGCUAUGUUCUGGAAGCAGGACCUAAUGCAGAUGCUGGGAGGGAGGGAAGAUAGAAAGGAAGGAGGGAAGCAGAGACUGGGGAGAAGAUGUAUAUAGCGUUGAAGCUUGGGUUUUAUUUUUCAUUUGGUGGGGUUUUUUUUUGUUUGGUUGGUUUUGUUUUUUGUUUAUAUUUUUUUAAAUGUUUGAUUACUAAUGUCUUGAUGUAAACCAAAUAAAAACGUUUCUGUACAUUCAGAAGUAAAGAACAGCUGAAAGGUGACAAGUGUAAUAAAGAAGCACUGUCCUUCAGGCUGAUACUAUAACACAUUUCCCCAGACUUUUCCCACAGGGGUUGGAGGGCAAAUCUGCACCUGCAUGGAGCCACGGGCUGCUGGGAUGGUGACCUUAGGGCUGGCUCCCUGAUCCACCUCCAAGCACAGUAAAGAAGAGGUGGGCAGUAAAGGUGGAAGCGAUGGUGUGUAAGUAAUUUUACAGUGUUUGAUUCCACCAUUCCUGGGGCCAGUGGGAGAAGGCUGGGUAUUAGACUCUAAUCUCUUGGGCACAUGGUAUCUUCCUGGAGAGCCAACCUGCACUAUGCCUUACUCUCCCUUGGGAUGUAGUGAAGGAGACGAUAAUGAAAUCAGGUAUCACUUGUAUAAUGGUGUAAUGCAAAUGGACUAAAGGUAGUACAAGCCUGAACUUUAUUUUAGAAGAUUUUGUUGCUGCUUUCCACCUUGUGACUUAGUCUAGGGUGACAAGUGUUAGGAAAUGAUCAGCUGCUUAGAAGAGGCACCAAGAAGCCCUCUGUGUGAAAAAAAAUAUCUUAAGACCCUUUGCAAUUCAAUAGAAUCUUGUCAUGGGUUCCUGGUUCUUUUGUGAAGGAUGGGUUUGGAAGACAGUACAAAGCCGGGACCUUGUGUUAAGCUUAUUUAUCUGUUUAAGUGGCCAUUGGCCCUACAGAGACACAUUCUUCAGCAGAAGUACAGAAGGUUGGAAGUACAAAUGAGUGGGCUCAAGUGUAGGUCACUGAUUGAAUUUGAACUGAGGGACACCUGGUUUCCAUGCAGCUUCCACUUAGCAGAAAUGAGUGAUGUGGAAUAUCAAGGAUGAUGAUAGUAGUGGGCCUGGGACAUAUGAGUAACCCUCUGUGUUACAAUCUGUCUUUAUCUGGCCUGGGAAGAGUGGUAAGGGUAAAAAGCAAUACGAGAAAUUGCUUGUCUGUCUUAUAUUUAGUUCUUUGGAAAAGCAGAGAGCAGUCUUGCUUCCAUGGGGCAGAAGCGUGGCUUCUUUCUACAGCUGGGCCAAUGAAUAAUGUAUUGUUUGUGUUACUGCAGUGAGGCUAUAAAAAAAAACAACAAAAACAAACACAACAAAAAAAAGCGUUCUGUGAAGACAGACCAGAGGGAAGUCUCAAUCCUCUUAGGAAAGGCCAUCCUUCAGCAGUGAGACUUCACUGCCUCUGCUACUCCAGCUAGAGUACAUCAGUAUGGUGCAGCCACACAGCCCUGACUCAGCCAUUUCUGCUGAUGAGCACGCCGUGGUUGGUAAGCAAGGACAGGCGUUUUGCAGAGACAAAACAAGGAGUUGUGUGGGCAUGAGCUCCUGCAACCCAUUGUGCUCUAGACUAGAAAACCCUGGAACAAAAUGUGGUCCCUUGCUCCAAGGAGCUUAAGGUGUCAUCAUCCCCUGACUAGAGACAAUGGACACCAACGUCCUGCUCUCAGCUCCAUCCUGGGGGCUGCCUAUUCCCAUCCAAGAUAGCCAGAACUUGCCAGUGCCACAGGCAGAAAGCUCUUGCAAAGUGGUAUUGAAUAUGCAUGUGAUAAAGUGGGGAGAUGAGAGCUGGUAGACCCUUUUAUGAUACAGGGAUGAACAUUUUAUCAUUUGCACAAGCUGAGCUUGGCAUUUGUGCUAGCAGACUUUUCUCCCAGAAAGGAUGAAAUAGCACAGUGGUGAGUAACACUAUUUUUUGAAGAGGGUGAUAAUUUCUCUUCCAGUAUGUGUUUUAAACAGUAGAUCAGUAUUGAUUUGCCUUCUGUAAAGGUUAAUGCCUCCCAGUUCUCAGUCCUAUGCCAACUGCAUGACAUGAGCAGCUCCAGGGUUAAUUGCCAUACUCAGUUUCAUGCUGGGUCCAGGUCUUAUUUGGGGACCUUGUUGGACACCCAGUGGACAGUGUCUAGGCAAGGAAGGUUAAAGAUCUUUUCCUUGACUUUCCCACCCCUUUCCCAUGUCUUUGACUGCAGUGUGUUUCUCUGGGUAUGCUGUCAUGUUGCUCACGCUGCUCAGUUUGGCAGAGAUAGUCCUGGUACUGCUGAGCCCAGUGAGGAGGGCUUGGGGACUGACAGCCAGGGAGAAGCCAGGCCAGGAAGGAAGGAAGACAUGACUGCCUUUGUUGUGAUGCCAGUGCCUCUUGGGGACUCAAACAAGGGGAAAUGGCCUGUUUUUCAGCAUCAGGAACACCCUAUCUCAGGUUAGGAGAGGCAUUUCUCUCUGUGGGUGAUCUCAACUCUUCUCUGCAGAGAAAGGAACCAGCACUGCCUCUUUGCUGACAUAUGCCCUGCCCUACAUGGGGACAGACUUGCUUGGCCCUGUUCUAUCCUUGAGCAGGUCCUCUUUAUUUUUACCUGUAGGGAAUGGUGCAUUUGGUUGGUCUCUUCUUUCUCAUCACCAUCCUCUGUUUGUGCCCAGGGCCAUGGAGCCUGUGCCGUUGCAGCACCAAGCCUUGCUGAGGCGGUGGCCGUUCCCAAUGAGACCAGAUGGUCUCUGGUGAGUGCAGGAGGCAAGAAGGUAACUCCUCACUGCAACAGUGGCUGUUGUGCGAUAUCAUGACAUGUCAGGUGCAAAGCCAAAGAGGAGGCGCAACUCAUGAGAGAGCUGGCGCUGGCACAGCUGGAGAUGCUUAACGUUGCUUCUUCAGAGACAGUGACCCACAGGACCUGAAGUUCUGGGGACUGUUGUGCUACCUGCGUCAGGGACAUCUGGGGGCCCAUCAGGGUUAUUUUGAACAGGAAUGUAUCUUUUGCUAGAGCAGCUUCCAGGCUGGUCUUACAUCUCACCAGCCUCAUGCCCCAUGAAUUUGGAGGCAGAGAGAAGGGACACAUGUCCCAGAAUCUCCCCUAGGCAGGGACUGGGCAGAAAUCCCUGUGGUUUAGCCCCUGCUAAGGCUAGGUGAUGAUGACCGAAGAGGUUAGCAAGGGAGGUGAGGUUGCCCCGAAACUUCCCCUCUCACAUUUCAAUUGCACUGAAGCAAGAAGGUGAUGGGCAAAGCAGAGAAACAUGCUGAUAUUAAACCUACACAGUGCCCCAGUCCAGUAAAGCCUAAUCCCUUGCUCAAGUCUGAAGCAACCUGACACCUGCACAUCUGCUUGAAAUCAUGCCUGGAUCCCACAGCUUCAUUAGGUUGGGUCCAAUGGGCUUUGCAGGACAAAAGGGAAGAUUCUUGGUGAGCAAGCCCCUAGAAAGGCUCUGCAGUUGUCACAGAGAAGCGUUUCUAACAUUUAGAAAGAUUAACACUUAGAAGAAAAUGGAAAACAUGAGAAUAAAGGAAAGCCUCAAGAGUUACCCAGAAACACCUCAUCUGUUGGCAAGUACACAUGACCCUGGUGGAAGGACCAUUGUCUUGUCUGCAGUAUUUCCUCUUUCCAUUGCUUGGCAUGUCAUAAUAUUGUGUCUUUGUGUGAAAUCACGUCCCUUUUCAGAAGAGAAACUGGUUUCUGAAGGACAAAUGCUCUCUCGUGAUACGCUCACUACAGGGAUGUUAUGCCAAGAGGGAUGAAAACAAACAAGAUUAGACCUCUAAGGCCGGGACAUCCUUCCCAGGAAAAUCUAGACCAUUUAUGCCAACGUAUCAUCCUCCCAAACUGCACUCAUCCUUCUUCCCCUCAAAGAUGAAGAAGCUGUAAUGUCCUUCUCUAACUGGGGACAUCUUAUGUGGCCUGAAAUUCAGACAAACGACUAACUGAACAACAAUGACAACAGGACAGGGAGAUCAAUGUCAAUGUAUAUUAUCAAAGGGACUGCUGUGAACCAUCUUAACAUACUAUGAGUGGCUGCAUUGCAUCCUGUACAGUGUAACGAAAAAAAAGAAAAGGAAAAAAAAAAAGAAACAAAAAACAGAACAAAACAACCAUUUUUAUGAUCUUUAAUUUGCAUUUUCUGCAUGAAAUAAGACCUUGAUCCUUGUCUUUUUCACAAAAGCAGAUUCUGCUUUAAUGUAAAAAAAACAAAAAAAAAAAAAAGGAAAGAAAAAUAAUGUUUCUAGCAAAGUGAUUUAGAUGUAGAAAUUUUUGUAAAAAAAUAAAAAAAAAAAGGGGAAGAAAAAAAAAAAGGGAAAAACAACAAAGAAAUAAAAUAAAAUGACCUAAAGAGCCAUCUUUGUCUACUCUAGAGGUGGGAAGGUGUGACUGGUGGGUGGCACUGUCUGCUCUUAGAGCCGUCCUGUGUCAGAGGUGCUGGAGGAGGCUCCGGGGAGGCCGUGCUCACCAGUUACUGCUGGCUGCUUUCAAAAACUGUCUCCUUCAUCUUCUUUUGGGGAGAUGGGGCAGAGGGAAGGUGGGAAGGGGCAAGGAGAGCUGUUUGAUUUUAUUUUGGGGUUUUCAUUUGGGGUAUUUUUUUGUUCCCGCAGUGACAGUUUUUGAAAGGUGAUGAUGAACAAAAGUUAAAAACAAACAAGCUUAAAAAUAGUUUACAAUUUUGUACAAACCGUUAUAAAUACUAACAACAAAUGUUUUUAAAAACGGUCCAUACCAGUGCCAAAAUAAUGUGAUGUGUACAUUCAUUUCUUCUUUUUUUUUCUUUUUGAAGGAAGCUGUUAAAACACAAAAAAUAUUUCUUUUUUUAACAAAUGCUGUAUGUGGACAUAAAUGUACUUGAACGCUGUUAAUUAUUAAUUGGUUAGGAAUCUUUCUUGGGCUUUUGGGUUUGCUUUUCUUUCCCUACCCAGGACAAAAGUAACUUAUAAAAUACAGCCUUUGAAGGAGAAACAG